UAACUUACUCAAAGUCUUCAAGUUCAGUUUAUUUAAAAGGAGAGUAACCUCAAGAAGGUUCUAUCUAUGGUUUAUGGCUAUCUCCAGCCAUGGGCCUUUGGAGCAUACUUUGUUUUUUAAUCUUCCUGGGAAAAAGUUGGGGACAGGAACAAACGUAUGUCAUUUCAGCACCAAAAGUAUUACGUGUUGGAGCAUCUGAAAAUAUUGUAAUUCAAGUUUAUGGAUACACUGAAGCCUUUGAUGCAACAAUCUCUAUUAAAAGUUAUCCUGAUAAAACAUUUAGUUAUUCUUCAGCGUAUGUUACUUUAUCCACAGAAAAUAAAUUCCAAAACUCUGCAAUCUUAACAAUACAACCCAAACAGUUGUCUGGAGGACAAAACCCAGUUUCACAUGUGUAUUUGGAUGUUUUAUCAAAACACUUUUCAAAAUCAAAAAAAAUACCAAUAACCUAUGACAAUGGAUUUCUCUUCAUUCACACAGACAAACCUGUUUACACUCCAGACCAGUCAGUAAAGGUUAGAGUUUAUUCACUGAAUGAUGACUUGAAGCCAGCCAAAAGAGAAACUGUCUUAACUUUUAUAGAUCCCGAAGGAUCAGAAGUUGACAUUGUAGAAGAAAAUGAUUAUACUGGAAUUAUCUCUUUUCCUGACUUCAAGAUUCCAUCAAGUCCUAAAUAUGGUGUGUGGACAAUUCAAGCUAAAUAUAAAGAGGACUUUUCAACAACUGGAACCGCAUAUUUUGAAAUUAAAGAAUAUGUGUUGCCUCAUUUUUCUGUCAUAAUAGAACCAGAAAAUAGUUUCAUUGGCUAUAAGAACUUUAAUAAUUUUGGAAUUACUAUAAAAGCAAGAUAUUUUUAUAAUAAAGUCGUCACUGAGGCUGAAGUUUAUGUCACUUUUGGAAUAAGAGAAGACUUAAAAGAGAAUCAAAAAGAAAUGAUGCAAAAAGCAAUACAAAGCACAAUGUUGAUAAAUGGAAUUGCUCAAGUCACAUUUAACUCUGAAACGGCAAUUAAAGAGCUGUCCUAUGACAGCCUAGAAGACAUAAACAACAAGUACCUUUAUAUUGGCGUAACGGUCAUAGAGUCUACAGGUGGAUUUUCUGAAGAGGCGGAAAUCCCUGGCAUCAAAUAUAUCCUCUCUCCCUACAAAGUGAAUUUGGUUGCUACUCCUCUUUUCUUGAAGCCUGGGAUUCCAUUUUCUGUCAAGGUACAGGUUAAGGAUUCAUUUGACAAAUUGAUUGGAGGGGUCCCAGUGACCCUGAGUGCACAAACCGUCGAUGUAAACCAAGAGACAUCCCACUUGGAGUCAAAGAAAAGUGUAACACGUUCCAGUGAUGGAGUAGCUUCAUUUGUGGUUAAUCUCCCAUCUGGAGUGACGAUGCUGGAGUUUAAUGUCAGAACUGAUGACCCAGAUCUUCCAGAAGAAAAUCAGGCCAGCAACGAUUACCAGGCAAUAGCAUAUUCAUCUCUUAGCCAAAGUUACCUUUAUAUUGACUGGACUGAAAACUAUAAACCCUUGCUUGUGGGAGAACAUCUGAAUAUUAUUGUUACCCCCAAGAGUCCAUAUAUUGACAAAAUAACUCACUAUAACUACUUGAUUUUAUCCAAGGGAAAAAUUGUUCACUUCGGCACAAGGGAGAAACUUCCAGAUUUAUCUUAUCAAAGUAUAAACAUUCCAGUGACACAAAACAUGGUUCCUUCAGCCCGUCUCCUGGUCUAUUACAUCGUCACAGGAGAGCAGACAGCAGAAUUAGUGUCUGACUCCGUCUGGUUAAAUAUUGAAGAAAAGUGUGGCAACCAGCUCCAGGUUCAUCUGUCUCCAAGUGCAGAUACAUAUUCUCCAGGCCAACGUGUAUCUCUUAAUAUGGAUACUGAGUCAGGUUCCUGGGUAGCUUUAACAGCAGUAGACAGUGCUAUAUAUGGAGUCCAAAGCAGAGCCAAGAAGCCCAUGGGAAGAGUAUUUCAAGCUUUAGAGAAGAGUGACCUGGGCUGUGGGGCAGGGGGUGGCAGCAAUAACGCAGAUGUAUUCCAUCUGGCUGGACUCACCUUCCUCACCAAUGCAAAUGCAGACGACAGCCGAGAAAAUGAUGAACCUUGUAAAGAGAUUCUCAGGCCAAGAAGAAUGCUGAAUAAGAAAAUAGAGGAAGAAGGUACUCUAAACAUUUCAUGUGAUUAUAUAAAGACCCUGUUACCAGUAACCAAGCCAGAAAUAAGGAGCUAUUUUCCAGAAAGCUGGUUAUGGGAAGUUCAUCAUGUCACCAGAAGAAACCAGUUGCAAAUUGUGCUACCUGAUUCUCUGACCACCUGGGAAAUUCAAGGUGUUGGCAUAUCAAACAGUGGUAUAUGUGUGGCUGAUACUCUCAAGGCACAAGUGUUCAAAGACGUUUUCCUGGAAAUGAAUAUACCAUAUUCUGUUGUACGAGGGGAACAGAUUCAGUUAAAAGGAACUGUUUACAACUACAGAACAUCUGGAAUGCAGUUCUGUGUUAAAAUGUCUCCUGUGGAGGGGAUCUGUACCGGAAGCUCAACCACUGAACAUCGGGGGAGAAAGUCCUCCAAAUGUCUGCCCCAGAAAAUAGAGGGUUCCUCCAGUCACUGGGUGACCUUCACUGUGCUCCCUCUGGAAAUUGGCCUCCACAACAUCAAUUUUUCACUGGAGACUUCAGUUGGAAAAGAAAUUUUAGUAAAAACAUUACGAGUGGUGCCAGAAGGUAUCAGAAAGGAAAGUUAUGCUGGUAUUACUCUGGACCCAAAGGGUAUUUAUGGUAUUGUUAGCAGACGCAAGGAGUUCCCAUACAGGGUACCAUUGGAUUUGGUCCCCAAAACAAAAGUCAAAAGGAUUGUGAGUGUAAAAGGACUGCUUUUAGGUGAGGUCAUGUCUGCAGUUCUGAGUCAGGAAGGCAUCGAUAUCCUUACCCACCUCCCUAAGGGGAAUGCAGAAGCGGAACUGAUGAGCAUUGUCCCAAUAUUCUAUGUUUUUCACUACCUGGAAGCAGGAAAUAAUUGGAACAUUUUUUCUCCAAACUCAUUAACUAAACAACAGAACCUAAAGAAAAAAUUGAAAGAAGGGUUGGUGAGCAUCAUGUCCUACAGAAAUACUGACUAUUCAUACAGCAUGUGGAAGGGUGGAAGUGCUAGCACCUGGUUAACAGCGUUUGCUUUAAGAGUACUUGGACAAGUAAAUAAAUACAUAAAUCAGGACCAAAAUUCAAUUUGUAAUUCUUUAUUGUGGCUGGUUGAGAACUGUCAACUAGAAAAUGGAUCUUUUAAGGAAAAUUCCCAGUACAAACCGGUAAAAUUACAGGGUACCUUGCCUUCUGAAGCCCAAGAGAACACCUUAUAUCUUACAGCUUUUUCUGUGAUUGGAAUUAGAAAGGCUUUUGAUAUAUGCCCCAUCAUGAAAAUCAACACAGCUCUAACUAAAGCUGACACUUUUCUGCUUGAAAAUACCCACUUGGACCAGAGCACCUUCACACUGGCCAUUGCUGCUUAUGCUCUUUCCCUGGGAGAUAACACUCACCCACAGUUUCGUUCAUUUGUCUCAGCCCUGAAGAAGAAAGCUUCGGUUAAAGGUAAUCCACCCAUAUAUCGUUUUUGGAAAGAUGAUCCUCAGCAGAAAGACAGCUCUGCCCCUAAUGCUGGUACUGCACAGAUGGUAGAAACCACUGCCUAUGCUUUACUCACCUGUCUGAGCUUAAAAGAGAUGAAUUAUGUUAACCCAAUCAUCAAAUGGCUAUCUGAAGAGCAGAGGUAUGGAGGUGGCUUUUAUUCAACCCAGGAUACAAUUAAUGCCAUUGAGGGCCUGACAGAAUAUUCACUCCUGGUUCAAAAACUCCACUUGAAUAUGGAUAUCAGUAUUUCUUACAAGCAUAAAGGUGACUUCUACAAUUACAAGAUAACAGAGAAGAAUUUCCUUGGGAGGCCAGUAGAGGUGCCCCUCAAUGAUGACCUCGUUGUCAGUACUGGAUAUAGCAAUGGCUUGGCUACGGUGCAUGUGGCAACCGUAGUUCACAAAACCAGUACCUCUGAGGAAGUUUGCAACUUUAAUUUAAAAAUCGAAAGCCAGGACAUUGAAGCACCCAGCUACAGAGGCUACAGUGACUCCGAAUACAAGCGCAUAGUAGCAUGUGCCAGCUACAAGCCCAGCAGAGAAGAAUCGUCAUCUGGGUCCUCCCACGCAGUGAUGGAUAUCUCUUUGCCUACUGGAAUCAAUGCAAACUCAGAGGACUUAAGAGUUCUUGUGGAGGGGGUGGAUCAACUAUUAACUGAUUACCAGAUCAAAGAUGGGCAUGUUAUUCUGCAGUUGGAUUCAAUUCCUUCCAAUGAGUUUGUGUGUGUUCGAUUCCGGAUAUUUGAGCUCUUUCAAGUUGGAUUUAUGAGUCCUGCUACUUUCACAGUGUAUGAAUACCACAGACCAGAUAAACAGUGCACCAUAUUUUAUAGUCCAUCCCAUACCAAACUUCAGCAAGUCUGUGAAGGAACAACAUGCAAAUGUGUAGAAGCUGACUGUGGACAAAUGCAGACAGAACUGGAUCUGACAAUCUCUGCAGAUACUAGAAAAGAAACAGCAUGUAAACCAGAGAUUGCAUAUGCUUAUAAAGUUAAUAUCAAAUCCAUUGCUGAAGAAAAUGUUUUUGUUAAAUACACUGCAACUCUCCUGGAUAUCUACAAAGCUGGUGAAGCUGCUGCAGAAAAAGACUCUGAAAUAACCUUCAUUAAAAAGACAACCUGUGCAAAUGCUGACUUGAAAGAAGGAAGACAGUAUUUAAUUAUGGGUAAAGAAGCCCUCCAGAUAAAAUACAAAUUCAGUUUCAAGUACAUCUACCCUUUAGAUUCCUCUACCUGGAUUGAAUAUUGGCCUACAGAUGCAACAUGUCCCUCAUGCCCAGCAUUUUUAGCUAAUUUAGAUGAGUUUGCUGAAGACAUCUUUUUAAAUGGUUGUGAAAAUGCCUGAAGAAGUUCAGCUACGUAGUUCCACUACGGACUCCUAUUGUUGAAGUGUCUUCCUUUUUUAAUAUAUUAACAUUCACAGCUGGUCUUAUUUGGAAAGCUCACUGUACUUAGAAUUAGUGGCGCUUGCUUUUAUUAGAGAACAAUUUUAAGAGCUGUAACAUUCUGAAAUAACAUGGCCUUGGGGCGCAUGGAGACGAAUACUCAUUCCAAGGUUAUCGGACACCAGAGGCAAUAAACUGGAACGUCUCCUAAAACCUACUACUCAGGAAUGUUUGCUGGGGAAGAAAGAAUAGCCCCAUUGAAAUGUAGUAUCUUACAAAAACAUGGCCUUUGCUUGAAAGAAAAUACCAAGGAACAGAAAACUGAUCAUUAAAGUCUGGCUUUGCUUUCAAAAUGUGCAAAAAA